GUGACCCCAGUCGUGGGCGUGGGUCCGGAAGUGGCCUCCACCAAGCCGGGACCGCCGCUCAUAAACCUGUGUAGACCUGUAUAAGCUCUGGCCUUGACAGCUGAAAGGCAACUGGGACUGUGGCAGCGCCCCUCACUGUAGCUACCUGCCCCAUCGAACUGCCACAGCUGGACCCUCCUCCUCAGUCCUGGGACAGCAGCAGCGUCUUUAAGGAAAGCUGACUCCAUCCAAUGAUUUCAAUCCUGCUGAAAUCCUUCCUCCCAACCUGAAAGCCCUGUAUCCUCAUUGAUCCCAUGUGGUCACAGCAAGUUAGGGGUGACAAGAGCUCAGGCUGGGGCCCUUCUGCUUCCCCAGCUAAGUAAGAAAGACACAUACUCCCCAUAGCCAGGAGUGACUUUACAGACACUGUCCAGGCUUCCACACUGUAUUCCUUUAACAAGACUUUUCUGGGUCCAUUUGCUUUCCAGCCCAAUGACUUCCUCCUUAUUGGAUUGGUCUCUUUUUCACAUACCAAGCCUAGAUUAGGCAACUCCUAGAGGGCAGGAAAGUCCUUUGGUGCCCCUCAGUUGACCUCUUCUGACCAUGGAACACCAUCAACCUGAGCAUCCAGCCUCUGGUAAGGCCAGGAUUAUAGAAGCAGUCAGCCCUGAAAACCGUGAGGUCCUGUCACAACCAGAUGUGCACCCCCAGGACAAGGAUGCCGGAGAUGCUGAUGGGGCAGCUAGAGAACAGGAGACAGUAGACCAAACUUCGCUGCUGGCCCAGGGCCAGGAUAACCUCGAGUCACCUGCACCUAAUGCUAGUUCAAUCCAACUGGGGCCAGCCCACGGGACACAGCCUGAGGCAGAGACAGGAGGGGCGUGCUCCAGACCCCAGGAGCUUCCCCAGCCCCCCAGAGCCCGACAGCCGGAGGUAGAUUUCUACUGUGUAAAGUGGAUCUCCUGGAAGGGAGAACGGACACCCAUCAUCACCCAGAGCACUAACGGCCCUUGCCCUCUCCUGGCCAUCAUGAACAUCCUCUUUCUUCAGUGGAAGGUGAAGCUGUCCCCUCAGAAGGAAGUGAUCACAUCAGAUGAGCUCAUGGCCCAUCUUGGAGACUGCCUCCUGUCCAUCAAGCCCCAGGAGAAGUCAGAGGGACUUCAGCUGAAUUUUCAGCAGAAUGUGGACGAUGCAAUGACAGUGUUGCCUAAACUGGCCACAGGUCUGGACGUCAAUGUGCGAUUCACAGGGGUCUCUGAUUUUGAGUAUACUCCUGAGUGCAGUGUCUUUGACCUCCUAGGCAUACCUCUGUACCACGGCUGGCUGGUCGAUCCACAGAGUCCUGAGGCUGUGAGUGCAGUUGGGAAGCUGAGUUACAACCAGCUGGUAGAGAAGAUUAUCACCUGCAAACACUCUGGCGACACCAACCUCGUGACAGAAGGCCUGAUCGCAGAGCAGUUCCUGGAGACCACUGCAGCGCAGCUGACCUACCAUGGACUGUGUGAGCUCACAGCCGCUGCCAAGGAGGGUGAACUUAGCGUCUUUUUCCGAAACAACCACUUUAGCACCAUGACAAAGCACAAGAGUCACUUGUACCUGCUGGUCACCGACCAGGGCUUCCUGCAGGAGGAGCAGGUGGUAUGGGAGAGCCUGCACAACGUGGAUGGGGACAGCUGCUUCUGCAACUCGGACUUCCACCUGAGUCACUCCCUUGGCAAGGGACCUGGAGCGGGAGGUGGGAACGGCUCCCCCGAACAGCAGCGGCUCGUAGACCAGGACUACCUAAUCGCCUUGUCCCUGCAGCAGCAACCACAAGGCACGUUGGGUCUUAGUGACUUGGAACUGGCCCAGCAGCUUCAGCAAGAGGAGUACCAGCAGCAGCCAGCAGUCCAGCCUGCACCAGGGCGGGCCUCCCCACAGGGGAGAGGAGCCAUGUUGGGACGUCCAGCCGGGGAGCGUCGGCAGAGGCCGAAGCAAGAGUCAGACUGUGUCCUGCUGUAGCUGUGCCCAAGGCUGGGCCUGCCCUGCCUCCUCUUUCAGAGGCCUUGGCUCUUCUGCUUGCUUCCCCAGCUCAACUCCUGAGAUACGCAGGGUAACUUAUUUAUGGACUGGUGGGGAUCCCAGCAGGCAGUGAACGCCAAGGUCCUGCCCUUAUGUGCUGCCACCUUCUCUGCCUCCAGGUCAUCCAGGGCAACAUUGGGGGUGGUGGGGGUGAGGCUUUCCGGUUCCCAGAUCCCCUUCCCCGGAGUAGUCAUACUAAUAUACACACUCAGGCUCCAGGGUGAGGGCUCCAUCUAGAAUGUGUCUAGAAUGCGUCUCCCCUGCUUCCCACCCCUGACUGGCUGGGUCUCCCUGGGGAUCCUGCGGGCCUGUCUCCUAUUGUUUCAGGGUUUGAUUUGGGUUUCUAUCCAUUAUUUGUAAUGCCUUCCUAAGGUUUGGAAAUAAAACUUCUUUCCUGAGA